AAAGAAGUAAUUUGAUACUUCAAGACUGGUCGGUUUGCCAUGCGAAAUCGGGGAAUCACUCGAAUCAUUUUGAGGACUCGCAGUUUUAGCACUCAACGCCCGAUCAACCUACGGAAAAUGCCACGCCUGAAUGCAGUCUCACAGAGUGCAAUUGAUCGGUUAAGAUUGUAUAAGCCGCCACCAACCAACUACGAUUUGGUUCCAUUAUCACGACGAGCGGCAGUUCUGCUACUUCUCUAUGCGGAUCUUAAGGGGGAUCUCAGGGUGGUUCUUACUAUCCGGGCAAAGACUUUAAGUUCGUAUGCUGGUCAAGCGGCCUUACCCGGAGGUAGGGCCGACUCACUUGAGGAAACCCCAUUCCAAACAGCACGACGCGAGGCACUCGAAGAGAUUGGUUUACCAGAUAUCCACCAAUCAUUCCCUCAGCCUUUUACUGUGGAGCAUCUCUGUGAAUUGCCCGCCAAUCUUGCAAGAACGGAGUUGGUGGUACGCCCGUGCGUGGCACUCUUACAUUCAUAUGAUGAGAGGACCGGCCAAAAUGCGGAUCCUGAAGUGUCAUUAAUUCCGAAGUUGGAUGCGAGGGAAGUUGCGGCGGUGUUCACAGCGCCGUUUCAUAAUUUCUUACGCAUGAGCGACGAGGAUCAGUGGGGCGGGAAUCCAGCGGAUUGGUAUCAAGGUGCAUGGACUGAGUGGCAUCAGUCCAACUGGAGGAUGCACCAAUUUUUCGUCCCCGUCCAACAUCAAUCGGUGGUCAAACCUCGCACCAUCAAUCAGCAACAGAAAGAGGCAGUCAGCGCCCUGGAAGAGGGGGAGAAGCCUGGAGUGGUGACUCGUUACCGAGUUUUCGGAAUGACAGCUCGAAUGCUGGUGGAUGUUGCGCGAGUUGCAUACGCAGAAGAGCCGGAAUUCGAACAUAACAGCCAUUUUGGCGAUGAACAUCUUAUUGCCCAGUUGCGAAAAAUGGGGCGGCUGAGUCCUUUGCGUAAAUCUGGGGAUAUCCUUACGCGAGAGGACAUGGAGAAGGCUGCGAAGCUCAGCUGACAUAAUUGAUAUAUAUCCGCGUGUUCUGUACAUACAUUACCAAGGAUAUAGCUAGGUAGGCUUGUGGUACCCAAGUUAAUUCAGAAAGAAAGUUCGCACGUUGAGGGGGCAUUUAUAUAUUGAAAUCAAUGCUAUUGUUGCUCCUUUCAGAAGGAGUGUCGGGCUCCUCCCCUGCAAAAGCCCUACUAUCUUCGGCCACAGAUGUUCUAUGUUCAGUUACAAAGCGAACAUGGCUCCCCUGUUAUCCUUUGCCUCCUAUACAUUUUAUCCUGCUGCUAUAUCACUU